UGACGCACUGUCGCCCCGGUUCCAGGUUGCAGUGAAGCAAAGUGAAGUGGGACUUUCUCUUCUCCAUCGAGGUGUGAGGCGGUAGGUCUGCGACAUGAAGCCACGUGGAGGACCGGAGACAGAAGAGGCGGGAUCCCGACAAGUGGAAUUGCCGGGAGCGUUCAGCGUUUUCCUCGAAAGCAACGAGCUGAACCCAUUGCUGUACUCGACGAAACAGGCGCCGCCAAGAUGUAUACGAUUCAAUCCACGCAGAGUGGAUCUCGAGUUGCAGUCGGUGGAAAGCGAGCUAGGAGCGCAACUGGACCCAGUUUCAUGGCUGCCUGGCUUCUACAGUUUCCCUCAUGAUGUGAAGAUCGCCCAAUCUGCUGCCUACAAGACAGGUGGGAUAUAUGGUAUUGACGCUGCAUCUGGGGCUGCGGUGAUGGCGCUCGACCCACAGCCAGGAGAUCAUGUCCUGGAUCUUUGUGCUGCUCCAGGCGGUAAGCUCUGCAUGAUUUCUGAUCUGUUGCGUGGCAGAGGGAGCGUGACGGGGGUGGAUAUCUCGAGGAUGCGUCUUGCAGCAUGCCGCACAAUGCUCAGAAAGUACGGGUGCGGCGAAAAUGUUCGCCUGUUUGUUGCAGAUGGCACAUUGUUCUCCGCCAGGCCUCCUCCUUCCCUGAAUGGCGCUCUUUCCCAACCUGACCAUUGGACCCGUGCUCUAGAGGAAAGCGGGGGGGGGAAUGCCUCCUUGCCGAACGUCUGUGGAAAAUUGGGUGAUUGCGAUCGCCCAAUUGGCAUCGUGGAGUCAGCUUUGCAGUCCAGUGUUCAGCAUCAUCCUGGGAAUCAUCCUGAGGAACCGGAAACUACAGGUCACCAUCCUGGGAAUCAUUCCGGGAAUCAUCCUCGGAAUCAUCCUAGGAAUCAUCCUGGGAAUGUUGAAACUACUGAGAAUCCUUCUGGGAACCAUCCUGGGAAUCUUCGUGGGAAUCUUGGGACUACUGGGAAUAAUCCUGGGAAUCUUGAACCCACUGGGAAUCAUCCUAGGAAUGAUUUUGGGAAUCUUGAAACUACCGAGAAUCCUUGUGGGAACCAUCCUGGGAAUCUUCCUGGGAAUCUUGGUCCUGGGAAUCUUGACACGGUUGGGAAUCAUCCUGAAAAUCGUCCUGGGAAUCUUGAAACAACUUCUGGAAAUCAUGCUGGAAGCCAUUCCCGAGAUGCUGAACGCGAACAUAAGGCGGAAGAAGAGCAAAACUCCUAUGGUUUGGAAAUCUUUGAGUCCGCGGAUUGGCAGAAAGACGACAUGCAUGCCAUCUCUUGUACCAAUAAGUUUUUCGAGGACUGUGAUCACCAGCAGAAGGUGCCUUUGUCCGAUUCUGAAUCAGUUGGUCAAGGUGGCAUGGAGACGAACAGUAGGGGUGGUGGCAGUCGUGGCGUCAAUGAUGAUGAUGAUGAUGAUGAUGACAAGCACAUGCCUUUUAGAGCUGGCUUUGAUGGCGUGAACAUAACAAGCUUGAUGUCUGAUAAAUAUAGAUUGCAAGAAGUCAAAGAUUGCACAAGUUCCAGUCCCAUGGGUCCUGCCGGCAGCCACUCUCUCUCUCUAGGGUCAUGCCAAGAGAGAGAGAGAGGUGGUGGGAGGCAGCAGGAACAGAGUCAAAAAGGAGGAGGAGAUAGCCAUCAACUAGCGACCUCAAGGAGGGAAGCAAAUCGUUCAGAUUCAGUUCAACAUGGGGAGAUGGAGGAGAAGAAACAGUGGGAGGAGGAAAAGAAGCGGGAGAAGGAGAAGAAGGGGGGGGAGGAGGAGGAGGAGCAGAAGGGGGGGGAGGAGCAGGAGAAGGGGGAGGAGGAGGAGGAGGAGGGCAAAGAAAGUCCAGGGGAGGAGGCUAAAGAAAGUCCAGAGGAGGAAGGAGGAGAAGGCUGUGCAGUUGAUGGCAUGCAAGACAGCUUUUUCCUUGGGAGAUCAUGUCAAGAGGGACAAAGGGGAGGGGCAAAUCGGCGAGAAGGAGUAAGAAGACGGAUGCAUCAGCAAAAGGAAGACACAGGAGAGGCACAUGAGCAAGACGCAGAAAACGGGCAAACAUGUCAGCAAGAGGGAGACGGAGGAGGGAUAUGUCAGCAAAAGGGAGAGAGACCGGGGACACAUCAGCUAGGGAGGCGAAGAGGUCCCGAUGAUUGUGUUCCCGCAAUGACAAGACGGCAUUCUCCGAUCGCUGUCUCUGAGAAGUGUGAGGUACAUCUAGAAGCUGACCCUGUUCUUGGUGCAUGGCGACAGCAGUUCGCAGGAGUUAGCAGCAAGGAGCGAAGGACCAGGACCAGGAACAGGACCAGGAACAGAAACAGGAGCAAGAAAAUUGGGGGGGGAAUCUUGGAUGAGGGCAGUGCAGAGGCCUGGAAAUCAGCUACCUCGUUUGAGUGCUUGUUCUGUGGCAAAGGUUUAUACUCAGGGCCAGCGUUGCAAUCUCGAAGAGAGCAGCUGCUAAGGACUACGGACCUUGACGAUGAUGACGGCAGAGGAGAGAACGUGUAUGAUAAGGUGUUGGUGGAUGCAGAAUGCACUCAUGAUGGUUCGGUGAAGCAUAUCCUCAAGUAUGACAAAUGGGGAUGGGACACACUUGAGCAUCGCUUUCUUGAUGUGACUCGUAUGGCCAACCUACGAGAACUGCAGUGUCGUCUGCUGGACAAUGGCUUUCGCUUGAUGAAGCCGACUGGGACUCUCAUAUAUAGCACCUGCAGUCUCACUCGUGCUCAAAACGAGGACAUUGUCAGCUGGCUUCUAGAAACUCGACCAGAUGCAGAGCUGCAGCCCAUUGCUUGUGCAAAAGAAUGGCCGCAUCGUAGCGGAAUGUUGGAGCAUACGGUCAGAUUUGAUCCCUUGACGUCGAACACAAGUGGUCUAUUUGUGGCAAAAAUCACAAAGAAAGCCGCCUCUGCGCAAAUUGUAGAGCGAAGCACACGGCGAUGAUGACGAGAACUGCAACCAAAGUCCAGUUGCAGCUAUUUACUUUUCCAGGUUCUGGUUACUUCUGAGUUCCGGGAAUACCAUAGCAAAAGGAGAAGGGGGACGAAGUUCACAGUCGCCGUGGCGUUUUUUUGAGAUAUUGCAAACCGAACGCAUGGUUUAUGACGCUUAAUGUGGAUUUCGAGUUUUAUUUUGAUUGGUUUAAUGAACUUCCAUCAACUUU